AGCUAUGAGAAGCUUGUGUUUGGGAGAAUAAUUAGCUCAUGCUCUGUGUGUUAUUGUGAAAUGUUUAGUGGGCGGACCAGCAGUUAGGUUUGCACUAGUUCACAGUCCCUCUGCAUUCUCUCAGUUGUAUGUGCUCUGUGGCAUUAGUGGACAGCGAUGGCCAAAGCCUCGAGGCAGCACUCGUACCUGGUCCUGGAGAACUACAUCGGUGGGAAAUUCAUCCCGUGUCGAAGCCUCAUCGACUCAUACGACCCAUCCACCGGAGAGGUGUACUGCAAAGUACCGGACAGCGGCAAAGAGGAGGUAGAGGCAGCAGUGGCAGCAGCUAAAGAUGCCUUCCCCGACUGGUCUGCCCGCAGCCCAGAGCACCGAGCACAGAUCCUCAACAAGAUGGCUGACCUAAUUGAAGCCAACCUGGAGGAGUUCGCCCUAGCUGAGUCCAGAGACCAAGGUAAAACAGUAACAUUUGCACGGAUGGUGGAUAUUCCCCGCGCGGCGUACAACUUCCGCUUCUUUGCAUCAUCAGCACUACACCACACCAACGACUGCAGCCAAAUUGACCACAUGGGCUGCCUCAACUACACCAUCCGCUGUCCAGUGGGAGUGGCUGGUCUGAUCAGCCCCUGGAAUCUCCCCCUCUACCUGCUGACCUGGAAGAUUGCACCUGCAAUCGCUGCCGGAAACACGGUGGUGGCCAAACCCAGCGAGAUGACCUCUGUGACGGCUUGGAUGAUGUGCAAGUUGAUGCAACAGGCUGGUGUCCCUCCAGGUGUGGUCAACAUCGUGUUUGGCACUGGUCCUCGAGCAGGUGACGCUCUUGUGGGUCAUCCUGAAGUCCCACUGGUCUCCUUCACUGGCUCCACAGCAACCGCCCAGCGCAUCACAGAGCGGUGCGCCCCCUACUGUAAGAAACUCUCCCUUGAGCUGGGGGGUAAAAACCCUGCCAUCGUUUUUGCUGAUGCAGACCUGGAGCAGUGCAUCGAGACCACAGUUCGCUCCAGCUUCUCCAAUCAGGGAGAAAUCUGUUUAUGCACCAGCAGGAUUUAUGUGGAGAGAAGUAUCUACUCUGAGUUCCUGGAAAGAUUUGUGGCUGCAACUAAGAAGUGGAAGACUGGUGUGCCCUCUGACCCCAGCAACAACAAUGGAGCUCUCAUCAGCAAAGAGCACUUGGAGAAGGUGCGAAGCUUUGUAGCCCUUGCGAAAUGUGAAGGUGGCGUUGUCCACUGUGGUGAGGGAGUCGACCAGCUGGACUUGCCCAUACAAAACAAGUCGGGCUACUUCAUGCCACCGACCAUCAUCUCAGGUUUAUCUGACAGCUCCCGUGUCAUGCAGGAGGAGAUCUUCGGCCCGGUCACCUGUGUCAGCCCGUUUGACACGGAGGACGAGGCUGUUUCCAGGGGGAAUGGCGUGCGUUACGGUCUAGCGGCAAUAGUGUGGUCUCGAGACGUGGGGAAGGUUCACCGUGUGGCCAAACGGAUUCAGGCAGGGUUGGUGUGGACCAACUGCUGGAUGGUGAGGGAUCUGAACCUGCCAUUUGGAGGGAUGAAGAGCUCUGGUGUGGGGAGGGAAGGAGGGAAGGAUUCCUACCACUUCUUCACUGAAGUGAAGAGCAUCACAGUCAAACACUAGAUAAAGCAACAUAUUUUAACAGCUGAUUUUCUUUGAAUUAUUAAUGUUCAGGCUAUGUUCAGAAUAUCUGCCGCAUUGUUCCAGUCUGAUUCAGUUCAGAUUCUUUACCAAUCAGAUUUGUUAGUUCACCUUCCUAAGAACAUACAAGUGUCUUGUGAAACCAUUUUGAAUGUGAACAACAGCAGCCCACAUCAUAUUUGUGUAUCACAAAGGUCAGUGAUGUCUGAUAUAUAUCUGAUCUUGGGUCACAUUCUGAAGUGACACAAAUCUGAUUUGAAAAUCAGGAUCGUUUGAGGAUCAGAUAUCGCUGUCCCCUGAAUCAGAUGUGAGUCACAUUAGCCUGGUAAUGUGAACAUAGCCGAUAAGCAACAUUUGUAGUAGCAAAGAUCCAAAAUAAAUAAGUGCUUUAAUA